AUGCUCACUCUCCGAUCUUCAUCAGAUACCGUGCGCGGAUUCCCAGCUACAAAACGCGAUAUGAUACGCCAGCCAUCUGCCGAGGACCUUGAUGCUGCACACCAGCUGGUUUCUUCUGCGCGAGGCGUAGCGGAUCUCCGGCCUGAUAGCUUUGACGCCAGCCGGUCGCCUGACGGAGAUAAGGCAAGCGUCGAUACAGGUGCAGCCAUGGACGAUACUGCCUCGAGUGAUCAGAAUCACAGUGAGUCGCAGCAGCAGCAACAACAGCAACAGCAGCAGCACAGUCAAGCCUCGGAGCAGGUAUCGGCGCCAGAGAGCUCAAGUCGCUCGAGAGCGUCGCCAAAGGCUUCGCGGAAUACAGAGGUCUUCUUGGGACACCAGUGUGUACCUACAAACCGGAUCCGUGACUCUGGAGCAAACGCAAACAGUGGCUAUGCGAAUAGCUCAACCUCAGACCCAAGAGCCUCUCCCGCCGCGAGUGAUGCGUCCGCUCAGAACGCAUCCGGCUGUGGUUCUACUCCAGCAGGCACCUGUCCCGGUGGCGGGAGCUGUAACGGAACCGGCGGCGCGGUAGGAUGCGACGGAUGCCCGGCAUACAAUAACCGUGUAUACAAGGCAGCUCCUCGAGCUCCUUCAGCCCGUCAAGCGAGAGCAUCUCCAUCUGCUCAGACAAGCGAAGAACAGGCCCAGAGCGGACUAGACGCUUUAGACAGCGCAUCCCAGGAUGCCAGCGGAAUGCCAAAGGCUUGUCAGAACUGUGGCACUACCCUCACUCCGCUCUGGAGGAGAGAUGACCAGGGGAAUACCAUAUGUAACGCUUGUGGCCUCUACUACCGGCUUCAUGGGAGUCAUCGGCCUGUUGCCAUGAAAAAGACAGUCAUCAAAAGACGAAAACGGGUCGUUCCAGCUCUUAGAGAUCGUUCUCCAGGAGCUGGGUCUUCCGACAAUUCUUCAGUCUCCCCGGAGCUACACUCUGCCAGCCUUGCAACUAGCAAUGCCGAUACCAAUGCCUACCCUCCGUCUGAGAAUGGAGGACCCAGCUACGGGGCCGCCCAGUUUCCUCAUAGUGCUCCUCCACCUAUUGACUUCACAGGCUACUACAGCAAACCGACACAAUCUACCUCUUCCCCCGGCCUAAACACCCUGAUCAAUCACUCCCCCAACACUAAGAAACGGACUCACUCUGAAAGCACCUCUGCCGAAUCCGCACCCCCAGCUACUCGUAUACAGUCCGACAUUUCCGCUUCUGCACACCUUCCUCCCAUAAACCCAGCAAGUGCUCGCGCUCUACCAAACUCGGGCCGCCUAAGUUCAAUCUCCUCGUUGCUCAACCAUACAGAUCCCAGUUUUACCGAAUCCCACGUCGAUGCUGCUCUUGGCUCAAACGCUCCAGCCAGAUCCCAGACACAAACACAACCUCAACCUGGCACUCGCUCUUAUUCACCGAAUCCAGUGAACCCCCCGACUACCCAGCCAGCACAUGGCAGCCACUCUAUUCCCCCGCCGCCUCUUACGCCCGCAGCUGAUGAUAAAGUCAAGGCAGCGAGAAGAGCUCAGUUGCAACGGGAGGCAGAGAAUAUGCGUGAAGCCUUGCGUGCAAAGGAGAGGGAGCUGGCUUCAUUAAAGUAG